CUGGUUAGUGCACUGCCAUCUGGGUGAGGGCACAGAACUGUCUUCCGACUGUUCGCCUCCUCAACCUGUUGCUGCUUGAGCACUCCUCGCUUCCUCUUUUUAUUAUCGUUCGUCCGUUCAGUGAACAGGAUUAAUUAAAGGAAAUUAAAAGGAAGAACAGUUUCAGAGAAAAAGAAGUUGAAACACAGGAUCAUUUGGAGGCAGUCUAAAUAAAUUAAGUUCUUUUUCAGUUUAUAAGUGAAAAAUCAUCGCCUAAACACAGUGCAUUUGAAAGUUGGAAAAUUUUGGUCUCUUUUAAGUAAUUGAUUUAUAAGAACUGUUGUUGGAUAUUUGGCCUUCAGUGCACAAGAUGAAAGUGUCCUAAGGUGAGGCUUCCGUUUCGGGUUUCAUGUCAUUCUUUUUUAAUUUUGGAGAGUGAGGCCGCCCGCAGUGAUACUCUCGAGUUUUCCAAAGAUUUCAUCGGAUUGGAUCGCCGUUCUGAUCCAAAGAGGUGGCGACCACCCGCCUGUGAGACAACCGACAAGCAGGACCUAUUCAACUCUAAGUGAUGGUGUUUCUGCGCGCUGCUGCGUUGGCAUGGUUGGGCGUCCUGCCGGUGGUGUGGUGCCUACCUCUCGAGGGCGUACGCAGUGCCCCACAUCAACAGCAACCCACACUCUUAGAGGACCUCUCCCUUAAUAACCUCCCAUCGCAGGGCUUUACCCAAGACGACUAUCAACAGCUUCUGACGCGGCAGCCUGACUCGGCAGCAGCUGCACUCAACAGUUACGAUGCAAGCGAAACUUUGCCCUACAUGUACCGAUUACAGGAAGGAAUAGCAGGUGCUGGCCUACCCGCCACCGGGUUAGAUGGUGACGUCACACGUCUUGAAAACCCCGACUGGAUGGCCGUCGACCCCCGCUCAUACCUCUUGGCUCAGUUCCUGGAACACCCCGCUGAAGAGGCUACUGGCAGCGAAAGCAACAGUAUGAUCCCCAUCAGGAAGAUUAGGAAUAGUUCAAACACCAGCAGCAUUACCAACAGCAACUUCGAAAACGCCAACAGCCAGGCAAAGAGAGCCUGGCCUCAUGGUUUCUCCCGACGAAGGUCCUCUGGGCUGUCCCUAUCCAUCGACGCCUCUAUGAAGGUCCUCCGGGAAGCCCUCUACCUGGAGAUGGCGCGAAAGAAGCAGCGCCAACAAAUGCAGAGAGCAAGGCACAACCAGGAGCUCCUAACCUCCAUCGGCAAACGGGACGUUCAACAGCAGCUCCGAGGCGACGGCCCUGGUCAGGAUCAUCUCCCCGGGGAUAGGAUCUAAAUUGAAGCAACAACUACUCCUCCGCUCAGUUCAUCCGCGUUGAUGCCUUAGACCCCCCAGACCACCCCCUACAGCCCGGUCUUCUUUAGGACACGUCGGUGGUGGUGCGGGGGGCGGUGGCCCCAGAUGUGUAUUGCUCCCCCCUCCCCCCUCUUCGACAGCUAAAACUGUUCCUCUCAAAUGGCGGAUUUGCUACUCUCGAAGCUGUGGAACUCCUCCUCCUCCUCCUCUUCAUUAUCAUGAGCCUCCCUCCUCUUUUCUCCUCCUCCUCCUCCUCCACCUCCUCCUCCUCCUCCUCUUCUUCUUCCUCCUCCUCCUCCUCCUCUUCUCCAUCCCUUCUCCAAUAGCCUGGCUCUGCUCUCCUCAUGGCAGUUUUAUCCACUUGACAGAUGACAGUACACAAGUAGCCAGAUAGAAAGAUCAGAGUAGCCAGUAGAAAGGCAAAGCAGGUGCAAAUGGAAAGCAUCUUCGAGUAGUGUCUGUCUCUGUGUGUUUCUGGCGAUGCGUCCUCUCUCUCUUGAUACCUGGUUCAGUAUUACCUUGUUUUACCCUUAAGUAUUGGAACGCAGUGUCUCGGUGCGCUCAUGACGUCAUUGCACGACCUCAAAUGUUAGUUGAGUAAACUAAAUAUUCUUCUCAGAUGGCAUCCACAGAAAUACGAGCCGACCUUUCAUCAAGGCAUUAUUUGCAGUGGUCCAAGUUUCAUUUUGUUGCCGAUUCGUUUUGUGUGUAACGAACCCCAUUGGAAAUGACCCUUCAUCUUCUAUAUUUACUUCCGCCACGCGCAAUUAGGCAGCGAUUUUUCGUUCGUUAAUGCUAAGCGUUCGUUUCCCUUUCAUUACUAGGUCGGUUGUUACUGAGUGAUGAUGCCAUCCGAAGAGCGUCGGUAGUUUACUUCGGUGUUUGGAAUCCCGCAGUGACGUCAUGCGGACUUUUGCUGAAGAACCGGGACGCUGCCUUUCAUUUUCACCGCUACCUCUGUUGAGAAGCUCUGUAGUCGAUAUUUAUUUAUGGCAUUUAUCAAAUCUAUAUUUUUGUAAGUUACUUUGUAAAGCAGCCUUACGGGCUUUUCGAGAGGACGGAAAGAGGGAAAGGAGACAGAGAGAGAGAGAGAGAGCGAGAGAGAGAGAGAGAGAGAGAGAGAGCGAGACAGAGAAACAGAGGAAGAGGGAGAUAUAUGAUACAGUGGAAAACAAAAGGGGAGGGAUAACUUACCAUAAAGACUGCUACAUUAGGCAUAACUCAAUAUAUGAUAUAUCUAUAAAUAUGACAGAAGAAUAUGAUUCCAGUAUAGAAGAUAAAGUCUGCCAUGACAUAUAAAAUAUAUCUGUGUAAAUACAUGCCAUAUUCCCUAUAAAUAUGAUAUGAUUCAUAGAUAUCAUAUAUCGAUAUUAUCAUUAUUAUGUAGAAUAAUCCUGCCCAGAUGACAAAUAUACUUAUAAAGGAAGUAUAUUUGAUAAAUGUACUGAUAUGAUAUAUAUUGUAUAAUUGAUUGAUUUGAUGAUUAUUUGAUGCGUAUUGUUAUCAUCUGGAGGCCAGUUGGGAAAUUCAUGUACAAAAAAAUCAAAUAAAAAAUAAAAAGGUGAUUUCAGUUUUUGGGAUCAAUUGGCGGUAGCCAGUCGCUUGACAGGAAAUUAGACUUUUGGAUUCAUUUUUGAGGUUAAUAUUGUACGAGUAAUUGGCUCUUAAUUUCCAUAUAAAUUGACGUUCACCAGACAAAUCCUCAUUUUUGUUUCUUUCUGUGUGUGUCAUUUAUAGCAAAGUUCAAGUCUUCUUUUCUGCAAUGGGUUUGAUGCAGAUUCCCGUAGGCACUUCAUUUCAUCUCGGUUCUUUCUCAUUUUCAGUUGUUCAGGUCUUUUCAUCUUUUCAAAAUAUUUAUUUCCUCACUCAGACUUUCGUAAAAUCAUUCUUAUGAAGUGAUGUGAUGUUUGAAUAUGUAGGCUCUAAAAAUACAUUUAUAUCGUUAGCGUUAACAUGUAUUUAUAUUGAUUAAAAAAUGAUUUAUUUGUUUACGAUAUUUUAUGUAAUAUAUUUCAAGACUGUUCUUUAUUGUAACGAGAAAAAGUGUAUUAAAGUCCAUGAUUAUAGUU